AUGGGGGAUGGGGUCGUCGGGCUCAUGGCCGAGCUCGACAAGGUGGAGCUCGUGCGCUCCCACGACGAUCCCGAGCGCAACCCUGGCUUCUGCUUCCUCUACUACGCGGACGCCGAGGGCAUCCAAUCAUCCCAAUUAGAUAGCAGAACUAAAGUUUUCUCUAAUUUAGAUUUCAGCUGCUGCAGGGAGAUCGGCCAGCAGCUGCUGCAGGGAGGGGGCUGCUUCUCCCCGGUGUCGGAGCUCGUCGGGCGGGCAGAGGCCGCCGCAUCGGCGGCCGCCUCGGAGAUCUCCGAGACGUCCUCCGCCGCCGCCGACGCGCUCAGCUCCGUCGUCGCGGCCGUGGUGCGCGCGCCGCCCAAGGACUUCCGCGUCAUCAGGCAGGAGUGGGCGGCCAUCCGCAUCCAGACCACCUUCCGCGGCUUCUUGCAGGCAGCAAACGGGACAGUGUGGAAACAAGGGCAGAGGAAGAACGCCCUGGAGGUGAUGCAGGUGUCGGAGCAGCAGCGAGCAACAGACCUUUUCUCGCAGAAGGUGAAGAGGUCGUCGUUCAGCACGUCGGACAAGGUUCUUCAGCUGUCAGACUAGGUGGAGGCACUCUUCCUGAAGCACUUCGCGCUCCUCGACCUCGACCUCGAGCUGGCACAGGGGCAAGCUGGCGCAGAUGACAACGGCCGUGCUCCUCGACCUCGAGCUCCGCCCCCGUCCGCCCACGCUCCUCGAGCUCGAGCUCUGCCCCCGCCCGCCCCUGGCCGCUGGUACUUCCCCUGCCCCCCCUCUCAUCGUGCUGCUUGAUGCGAUCUGUGUUGUACUGCUGUAUGAACCAGCUGUUGCUUAUCCCAUCGUUGUUGCAUUGCUGUCGAGUUAGCGUCUCAUGCCACUGCUGCAGCUGUUUGCUGCCUCAUGAUUUUGCAUGAUGAGUUGAAUUAGAAGCUGCUUAUCUAUGAAUCGUUACUAAUUCAAUAAUACCAAUGGUGUGGUGGUGCAUUAAUCAACAGUAAAUACAUAGACGUAUGCAAGGGUUUUUCCUUUGCUAUCAUCCCAACUUAACACAUGAAGAUUGCAAAGAACAUUCCUCUUGGAUGCCCUGUGAACACAUCCACUACUAGUCAAGUCAAGCUGUGUAUGCAUAUCUAAUUUCUGCAAUGUGAACAUAUCCCCCUGCUGAUUGAUUAUUCUGGUGGUGCAUAUCCCCCUGCUGAUUGAUUAUUCUGGGGCUACAAGUGAUGCAUACCCCCCUGCUGUGAACACAUCCAGUCCAUACGUAUGGUGACUGCUGAUUGAUUAUUUUUGUUUUCCUGUGAAUCCCAUCUUUAUUGACUAGCAGCACUCACACUAAGUAUUACAAAUCCGCCGUGCAUACAAUCCAGUCAUAUCAACAUGUAGUUGCUUUGUAUAUCCUGUAAAUAAUUUCUUUGCACGCUCAUUCUACCAUGUCAAUGAUGAUGAAUUAAUUAUGAUUUCUGCCAAUGGAUGGAUUGACAUGAUGCGACGGACCUGCUGCCGGCUGUCUUCCCCGACCACUUAUGUGAGCUGCCCCUGCCGCUGACCCUCCUCAACUUUGCCCGUUGCUCGUUGUUGCUGCUGGUGCCACCGGAUGCAAGGGUGGAGCUUGCGCCUCCUUGCUGAAGCCUCUUUCUCUACUCCAGUUUAUGUUGCUUCCGUUGCUGCGAAUGUGGUUAAGAUGGUGUUCUACACCAGCUUCUUAUGUUGCAUGUGAAUGGGGUGAUAGAACUGAAAUGAGCAGAUCACUAUAUGACUAAGAAAAUCAGAAAGUACAUGUAGGAAAAUAUCAUAGCUCUUACUCACAUUGCCAAAAUAACAUGUACUUCUAGCAAUUGUGCCAAAGCAUUAGCAUUGCCUGUUUGAGAGCUUGCUGCCAGUUACUUGCUACUGCUUUGACUAAUACUUGUUGUUUGGUGCUAAUUAUACCUCUUGCUAGUUCUACUCUGAUUCAUGUUUGCAUGUUGGCUAGAAAUUACCCUGAUUAUACAUAUUUUUUUGUUACACUAUACAUUAAUGUAUUAUGUUAUUAUUUGUGUGCAUGAUGCUUUGAGCCUAUUUUUCCCUUUCCUCCUUGAUUGAUCAAUUCAUGUAAUGUUAUGUUCUUGUAGGAAGGCAAGUUGUCGCAUCUGGAUCACAUUAGAGGGAACAAUGAAGUUUGUACUACUUGUACGAGUUGAACAAUGUUAUGUUCUUAUAGGACAGUACUAGAUGUGCUAAUACAAGUUCAACAAUGUGAUGUAGAAAGUUAAGGCAAAUUGUGUAGAUAAUGUAUUCGUGUGUAACUAAAUGUUGUAUUCCGUGUGUAAACGGUGCUUUAAAUGACAUGAUGAUAUUGAAAUUGUGUA